UGGACGUGUCGGGACUCGGGCUCGGGGCGCUGAGUAAUGCUCGGCGCAGCGCGGUCCCGGGCAGAGCCGCCGCCGCCGCCGCUCCGCGCCCAGCGCUCCCGGGGCGCUCCGGCCGCGACGCUGUCCGCUCGCCCGGCGGCGCGGCCACACCGGGGGGCGGCGGGGGCUGCCCAUGUGCCUGCGGGCCCCGCGGGAGCCGCAGCGCCGCGAGCCCGGCCGGCCCUGCCCGCGGCCCCGGAGCCCCGGGGCGCCCUGGGGAGCGGCGGGCGAGAGCCCCUCCGGCCCCCCGGCGCGUCCCGGCAUGGGGGGCUGAGCCGGGGGGCGGCGGGCAGGGCGGGGGGCGCGCGGCCCUCGCCGGGCGUCGGGGCGGCGGGAGGCGGGGGGGGCAUCCCGGGAGGAUGGCAGAGCCGCCCCGGCGAGCCGAGCCCCGGCGCGCAGGGAGCCAGUGAGAGGGAGGAGAGGGGAAAACACAAACAAGCAAACAACCCACAACAAACAAAGCGGGCAGAGAGCAGCGCCGAGCCCCGCCGCCCCUGCCCCAAAGGCGCCCGCCCGCCCGCAGCCCGCACAGCCGCUGCCCCAGCGAAGAUGCGCCCGGCCCUGGCACACGGACUCUGCUCGCUGCUGCUCAGCCUCUGGGUACCCAGCUCAUGCUCCAAUGAGAUCCUGGGCCUGAAGCUACCAUCAGAGCCAGUGCUCAACGCCAACACGGUGUGCCUAACCCUGCCGGGGCUGACGCGACGGCAGCUGGAGGUCUGUGUGCGCCACCCUGAUGUCACCGCCUCAGCCAUCCAGGGCAUUCAGAUCGCCAUCCACGAGUGCCAGCACCAGUUCCGGGACCAACGCUGGAACUGCUCUAGCCUUGAGACCAAGAACAAGAUCCCCUACGAGAGCAUCAUCUUCAGCAGAGGCUUUCGGGAGAGCGCCUUCGCCUAUGCGAUCGCGGCUGCUGGUGUGGUGCACGCUGUCUCCAACGCCUGUGCCCUCGGCAAGCUGCAGGCCUGCGGCUGCGACCAGAAACGCCGGGGUGAUGAGGAAGCUUUUCGGCGCAAGCUGCAUCGUCUCCAGCUGGAGGCCAUGAACCGCGGCAAAGGCAUGGUGCACGGGGUGCACAUGGAGCACAUGCCAGCUGAGACCCCUGGCCUUCAGGACUCCUGGGAGUGGGGAGGAUGCAGCCCUGAUGUGGACUAUGGGGAGAAGUUUUCCAAGGAUUUCCUUGAUUCCCGGGAAACUUACAGGGAUAUUCACUCUCGCAUGAGACUGCACAACAACCGUGUGGGCCGACAGGUGGUGAUGGACAACAUGAGGAGGAAGUGCAAAUGCCAUGGCACUUCGGGGAGCUGCCAGCUGAAGACGUGCUGGCAGGUGACACCCGAGUUUCGCCUGGUGGGGUCCCUGCUCAAGGACCGCUUCUAUGGAGCCACCCUCAUCCGGCCCCACAACCGCAAUGCUGGGCAGCUGGAGCCAGGCCACGCUCGGCAUCGCCGCCGGGCCGGCAUCAGUGAGCUGGUUUACUUUGAGAAGUCACCUGACUUCUGUGAGCGGGAACCAGCUCUGGACUCCUUGGGCACCCAAGGGCGCCUGUGCAACAAGACCAGCCCGGGCAUGGACAACUGCGAGAGCCUGUGCUGCGGCCGUGGGCACAACAUCCUGCGGCAGACCCGCAGCGAGCGCUGCAACUGCAAGUUCCACUGGUGCUGCUUCGUGGCCUGUGAGGAGUGUCGCAUCACCGAGUGGGUCAGCGUCUGCAAGUAGCUGGGCAGGGAUGGGUGCCCACCCCAGAGUGCCAGGGACAAGCACGCCUGCCCGCGGGGAGGGGAGAGGGACAGGGAUCGGCGCUGGGGGGGUAGAUGGAGCCGCGGUACCCACUUCCCUUCACUCCUUGGGGAGGAGGAGAUGAGAUGCUCGGCACCUUCUGAAAUCAGCACUUUGUUAUCACCUGGGGGGGAGGCAGGGCUGCCCGCUGCCCGCUGCCCACCCCACAUGAGAGCACCAAGGCUCCCGGCCCCAGGGAGCACACGGCCAUACUGUACAGACCGCCGACACCGGCACUGCUUGGGGAGGCAGAGGGUGGGCACGGGGAUGGGGGAGAGC